AUGAGACGACACCAGGAAACUCACUCAGCUAACCGUGAGUUCAAGUACAAGUGCGCCAACUGUGACAAGCGCUUCAGGGACCAUUACGACAUGAACCGGCACAACAUGCGCGUCCACGAGAAGGAUGAGAACGGUACCUGCACCAAAGAGGAAGAGGAAGCCGAUCCCAGCACUUCAGAGCUGUCGGAAAACAAAAACUGCGCUCUGUGCGGGAAGUAUUUUGGCCGUCAAGUAGACAUGGAGCGGCAUAUGAGGUCCCAUUCAGAGGACCGGCCGUUUAACUGCUGUUUCUGUGAGAAGAAGUUCAAGAAUCCUUACGUUUUAAAGAGACACCAGCAGGAGAUCUGUAAGAGCAGAGAGGUGAAAAGGCCGAAGAAGAAAGAGACGCAGCGCCCGGCUCCACAGCCACCGGCGGAAGGGUCGACGGAGGGCAAAGUGUGUCCUAUCUGCAACAGGAUAUUACCGUGCACUGCAGACAUCGCAAAGCAUCUGCGAUCUCACACGGAGGAGCGCCCUUUCAUCUGCAUUACUUGUGAAAAGGGCUUCAAGUACAAGGACACGUUGAAGAAGCAUCAGAUCAUCCACGGUCAUGAGGGGAUCCGAGAGGAACAGUGCAUGACGGUGGAACAGAUUUUGGCUGAAGCCGAUUUAUGUAACCUUGAUAAAAAAGAAAUCAAUCUGGACGUACCUGCAGAAGCCUCUGGGGAAUCUGCUUCUGUGCAAAAAGUGAAGAAAAGAGGCCCCAAAGUGUGCCCCGUCUGCUCUCGGGGCUUUGACAGUGUUAAGACUCUGAACAGGCACAUUCAGUGUCACACAGAGGACCGUCCAUAUCACUGCAUCCACUGCAAGAAGCGCUUCAAGCACAUGCAUGGGCUGAAAAGACACCAGAUUUAUGCCAUUUGUCACAAGAAAAUCACCCGCUUCUCGUGGAAGAAAGAGCAGCGAGCCGGGCCCAGCCAGAGCGAGGUGACCGGCGCUGACCCGCAGCAACAGCAGGGGACUCCUCUGAAAAUACCUGUGUGGUGCUCAAACUGUGGCAAACACUUUGAAUACCCGUCCGCUUUGAAGGAGCACCAGGAAAACGUCUGCAAAGUAGAAAUGAGCGACAUCAUGAGAUGUGGCGACUGCGGGAAAGAGUUCAAGAGCAUGACGAUGCUCAAAGUUCACCAGAGGAUCCACGACCCCCUCUACUGCAAAGAGUGCGGGAAGAUACUCGCCAACGAUCCGGCUUUCGAGAGGCACAAGCUCAUGCACCGGCCCAUGCAGUGCACCAUGUGCGACAAGACCUUCACUCUGCUCAGGCGCCUGAGGGAACACUACGAGAAGCAGCACGAGUUCACCGGGCCGUUCCCAUGCCCACAGUGUGACAAGACCUUCAUCCAGCUCUCAUACCUCGCCAUCCACCAGAGGAUCCACAAGGGGGAGUUCCCGUACAUCUGCAGCAUGUGCCCCGAGAAGUUUAGGUCCUCCAACUGCCUGACGGUGCACCUGAGGAAACACACCGGGGAGAAACCCUUCUUGUGCUGGCAGUGCGGGAAGUGUUACCGCUCGGCCUCGGAGCUCACGGUGCACAUGGGGACUCACUCCGAGGAGAGACCCUGGAGCUGCACACAGUGCGACAUGGCGUACCGCACCAAGCUGCAGCUGACCAACCACGUGGAGCAGGUUCACAUCGGUGUCCGCUACCCCUGCAACAGCUGCGGGAAGCAGUUCAUGAAGGAGACGUCCCUGAAGAGGCACGAGCUCAUCCACACAGGCGAGAGGCCGCACCAGUGCACCGUGUGCGGGAAGACCUUCCUCACCGCCAACGAGCUCCGCCUCCACAACCGGUACCACACCGGGGAGCGGCCCUACAAGUGCGAGGAGUGCGGGAAAGCCUUCAUCCAGUCUGGUUAUCUGAAGUCGCACAUGCGCAUCCACACAGGAGAAAAGCCAUUUAAAUGUGACGUGUGCGAUAAAGGUUUCCGGUUGUCCUAUCACAUGAAGAAACACAGGCGGACGCACGCCGGGAAGCCAAAGAGCUACGUGUGUGAGGACUGCGGGUUAGCGUUCCUCCACAAAAAGUCCCUCUGGGAACACUCGCUCAGCCACGAAGUGAAAGUCGAACCGACAUUCACCGAGGAAGUGAGAAUAGAAUUCCAAUAG